UCACUGGAGGAAAAGGAGAGGCAGACAGCUGGAGAUCCUCACUUUCCGCUCAGGAGACAAUCCUCCAACUCCUGGGGCUACUUUUUGUUUUUGUUGCUGUGUGUUUUGGAAAACUUUGUCAGAAAGCUGCCAUAUGUGUUUUUCAGCUGUGUGGAUUCACUUGUGAGCUGAGAGAUGUUUGUGUUGGAGCAGCGGUUACCAUAUGCUGCCAGGAGUGUGUAGAAGUGUGUUGGUUAGUUAUGUUUGGGAUGGAAAAGUGGGGCUGGCACGACCAACAGCUCUGCUCUUAGCUUCACGCCAUGGGGGGUUGCCAGAGUUACCCCUCGGCUACGAAGGCAGACACCAAGACUCUUCAGCUGUCUGACAUCAGCAGUGAAAAACUGGGGAUUAAUAAUAAUUUUCUGGAGGAGCGUCCAUAUCUGCAGCAGCAGUAUGUGUGCCAGCGCAUCACACACACAGACAUGUCUGCCCUCACAGAGCUGCCGCCUGGCGUCGACAAGGCAGAGUGGCUUGCCACCAACACCGUGGCAUUUUUCCAGCAAAUCAACUUGUUCUCUAGUGCAGUGUGUGAGUUCUGCACUCCCAGCACCUGCCCAACCGCCUGUGGACCAGGAAACACGGUUUAUUUUUGGACCGAUGACCACGGCAGGAAGCUGAAGUGCUCUGCUCCACUUUACUUUGACUAUGCCAUGUCAUACAUUCAGGAGCUACUGACUGAUGAAGACGUGUUCCCCACAAAAGCAGGUUCAGUGUUUCCGACAGGCUUCGUCUUUCUGGUCCAGAAGGUGUUUUUGCUGUUUUUCAGGACUCUGGCUCACAUUUACUGGUCUCACUACAGAGAGACACUCGCACUGGGCCUGCACCCACACCUCAACACACUCUUCACACACCUCACACUCUUCUGCCGGCAGCACGCCCUGUUGGACCCAGAGGACACUGAGCCGCUGCAGGACCUCAUCACAGCUCUGCGACUGCAAGGCUGAACCUAAAGAACAGACACACAUACUGUACACUCACAUUGUCAUCACAAGCUUAUUUACUUGUUAUAUCUAGUUAUAAAGCUAUAUCGUGUCGCUCCCAACUCUGGGCCAGGCUUAAACUUACUUCUCAGUAUGGAUUUUUUUUUUUAAAGCCUGGAUGUUGUACAAUAGAAAAUACUGUUUAUAAACAGUAUGUUGGAGAAUAAGUCUGUUUUCCUUUAAAAAUAUGUAAAUCAGACCAGACCAGCUUCUGUUGUAUAUAGUUGCCAUCAGUUAUUAUGAUACUGUAUGAAACUGUUUAUGUUGCAUGUUUUUUGUACACUGUGGUACAUUAUUAUAUUUUGAUAAGGUCAAGAUCUUCAUGGUCAUUUAUGUCUUCCUCACUGUAACACGCACGUUCACAGUUAAUAUAGACAAAAUGUGCCAUAGUUACAUUUUUGCAAAUGCACAUUUGCGAAAAUCUGUAAGGAUGGUGUGUUGAUGCAAAUGUGAUUACAUUGUUGUGACUGCAUCAGCAUGAAAUGGCACUGCUUAGCUCUGCAUCUUUAUGUAUGAGUCUGUACUCUAAUAAACAUUUAUGACACAA